ACCGCCAUGUGACCUCAUCUUUGUCAGUGAACAAAAUGGCGUCUUACUGUGUGCUGGCGCGCCGGGCUCAGCAGGCAUUGGGCCUGGGAGCCCGGAAGUACCAUGUCUCAGCCGUCCUGUGCCAGAGGGCUAAGGUGGCAAUGAGCCAUUUUGAGCCCAAUGAAUAUAUCAGUUAUGAGAAGCUUGAUAAGAACAUCAACAUUGUGCGUAAGCGCUUGGACCGCCCCCUCACCUUGUCUGAGAAGAUUGUCUAUGGUCACCUUGAUGAUCCGAUCAAACAGGACAUACAGCGUGGCAAGACUUACUUGCGCCUGCACCCAGACCGGGUUGCCAUGCAGGAUGCCACAGCCCAGAUGGCCAUGAUGCAGUUCAUCAGCAGCGGGCUGCCCAGAGUAGCUGUGCCCUCCACCAUCCACUGUGAUCAUCUGAUUGAAGCCCAGCUAGGUGGUGUAAAGGAUCUCCAGAGAGCGAAGGACAUAAAUCAAGAAGUCUAUAACUUUUUGGCAACUGCUGCUGCUAAAUAUGGAGUUGGUUUCUGGAAGCCGGGAUCCGGUAUCAUCCACCAGAUCAUCCUGGAGAACUACGCUUUCCCUGGAGUGCUUUUAAUUGGUACAGACUCCCACACUCCCAAUGGAGGCGGUUUGGGGGGCAUCUGCAUUGGUGUAGGGGGAGCAGAUGCUGUGGAUGUUAUGGCCGGAAUUCCCUGGGAGCUCAAGUGCCCGAAGGUAAUUGGGGUUAAACUGACAGGAAAGCUCUCAGGCUGGAGCUCCCCCAAGGACGUCAUUCUGAAGGUAGCGGGAAUCCUCACGGUUAAAGGUGGCACUGGAGCUAUUGUAGAGUACCAUGGGCCGGGUGUGGAUUCCAUCUCCUGCACUGGCAUGGCCACCAUUUGUAACAUGGGGGCUGAAAUUGGCGCCACUACCUCGGUCUUCCCAUACAACUACCGCAUGAAGAAAUAUCUAGACAAGACUGGACGGGCAGAUAUCGCUUCAGUGGCAGAAGAGUUCAAGAGCCAUUUAGUACCCGAUGAGGGGUGUGAAUAUGAUGAGCUGAUAGAGCUUAAUCUAGAUGACCUGAAGCCGCACAUCAAUGGACCUUUCACCCCUGACUUAGCGACUCCCGUGUCUGAGGUAGGAGCCGUAGCUGAGCAGAAGGGCUGGCCGCUGGAUAUCAGAGUCGGUCUGAUUGGAAGCUGCACAAAUUCCAGUUAUGAGGACAUGGGCCGCGCAGCAUCUGUAGCUAAACAAGCCCUGGCGCAUGGGCUGAAGUGCAAGUCUCAGUUCACCAUCACUCCAGGUUCUGAACAGAUCCGAGCUACCAUAGAAAGAGAUGGUUAUGCUACUAUUCUGCGCGAUGUGGGAGGCAUUGUACUGGCGAAUGCCUGCGGACCUUGUAUUGGACAGUGGGACAGGAAGGAUAUCAAGAAGGGCGAGAAGAAUACAAUUGUGACGUCGUAUAACAGGAACUUCACAGGAAGAAAUGAUGCCAACCCCGAGACUCACGCAUUUGUCACAUCACCAGAGAUAGUCACUGCAUUAUCAAUUGCUGGAACGCUGAAGUUCGACCCUGAGAAAGAUUUCCUCACAGGUGCAGAUGGGAAGAAGUUCAAGCUGGAAGCUCCUGAUGCCGACGAGCUGCCCAAAGCGGAGUUUGAUCCGGGUCAGGACACUUACCAGUACCCACCAAAGGACAACAGCAGCGAGCAUGUGGACGUCAGCCCAACCAGCCAGCGCCUUCAGCUGCUGGAGCCCUUUGACAAGUGGAACGGGAAGGACCUGGAGAACAUGCAGAUCCUCAUCAAGGUAAAGGGUAAAUGCACAACUGACCACAUCUCAGCUGCCGGGCCCUGGCUGAAGUUCCGAGGACACCUUGACAAUAUCUCAAACAAUUUGCUGAUUGGUGCCAUUAACAUUGAGAAUAACAAGGCAAACAGCGUAAAGAAUGUUCUGACUCAGGAGUAUGGGGCAGUCCCAGAUACCGCCCGCUACUACAAGGCACAUGGGGUCAAUUGGGUGGUGGUCGGAGAUGAAAAUUACGGCGAGGGAUCCAGCAGGGAGCAUGCAGCGCUGGAGCCACGGCACUUAGGUGGCAGAGCCAUUGUUACCAAGAGCUUUGCCAGGAUUCACGAAACCAAUCUAAAGAAGCAAGGUCUGUUACCGCUGACCUUCUCUGACCCUGCUGACUAUGAUAAAAUUCAUCCAGAGGACAAGAUCUCACUAGUUGGUCUGAAGGACCUGGCACCCGGCAAGCCUGUGAAGUGCGUCAUCACACACCAGAAUGGAAGCCAGGAGACCAUCAUCCUCAACCACACGUUCAACGAGACCCAGCUCGAGUGGUUCCAGGCCGGCAGUGCGCUCAACCGUAUGAAAGAGCUUCAGAAAUGAGGAGCUCUAUCCGGCCUCUACUUUUGUUUGCCGUUAACUUAGUCUGUUCAUGCCCAGAAUACUGAACCAUUCAGGCUAAAGCACUUACUGUCCCCUUCCCUCAAUGUUUUUUUAUGUCAGUUUUUUUUUUUUUCUUCAGUUUAAUGACAAAAUAACAGAUUAACCCCCUCCUGUUCAUGACGCACAGUGUUUCAGCAUUGCAAUCCAUCCAUCAUGUAUGUUACAUUUUUUUUUGUAUUUAUUGACAACUUCAGUAGCAGAUGGACUUACCUGGUUCAAAGAUGCUCUCCAGUCUGUGAUGGUUUAAACAUGCUGCAUCGUUAAAACUAUAUAUAUAUUUUAUCUCAGAUGAAUUGUUAAAUAAACCAUAUGUGAUUGGA